AAACCAUGUCUAGCAUGCAAGCCAUCAGCUUCUCCUUAAAAUAAAACUGCUUUAGAACUGCAGCAGCAAGUGAAGGGGAAAGAAACAACUCAUUUCUCUCAAAGACGAUAGACCUGUCUGCUUACCAAAAUGUCGGACAAAACACCAUUUGAAACAGACAUGUUAACCCUUAACCGAUAUGUUAUGGAGAAGGGGCGACGGGUUAAAGGCGCGACAGGGGAACUGACCCAGCUGUUGAACUCAAUGCUAACUGCUAUAAAGGCCAUCUCUUCAGCAGUUCGAAAGGCAGGCCUCGCUCACAUGUUUGGAAUAGCAGGCACUGUGAAUGUGACAGGUGAUGAACAGAAGAAGCUUGAUGUAUUAUCCAAUUCUCUGGUUAUCAACAUGCUCCAGUCCUCCUACAGUACCUGUGUUCUGGUUUCAGAAGAAAACAAAGAAGCUAUUAUCACUCCUAUGGAGAAGAGGGGUAAAUACGUGGUGUGCUUUGACCCACUUGAUGGCUCUUCAAAUAUAGACUGCUUAGCUUCCAUCGGAACCAUCUUUGCUAUCUACAAGAAGACAACAGAAGAUGAACCCUCUGAAAAAGAUGCCUUCCAACCCGGACGUAACAUUGUGGCUGCAGGAUAUGCCCUAUAUGGCAGUGCUACGCUAGUGGCUCUUUCUACGGGGCAAGGAGUGGACUGCUUCAUGCUGGAUCCGGCACUUGGUGAGUUCAUUUUGGUGGAAAAAGACGUAAAAAUCAAGAAGAAAGGGAAAAUCUACAGCCUUAAUGAGGGUUAUGCCAAGUACUUUGAUCCUGCAGUGACAGAGUAUUUGCAGAAGAAGAAAUUUCCGGAGGAGGGUAGUUCUCCUUAUGCUUCCAGAUACGUAGGUUCCAUGGUCGCUGAUGUUCACCGUACCCUUGUAUAUGGUGGGAUCUUUAUGUACCCAGCUAAUCAGAAGAGUCCAAAAGGAAAGCUUCGACUUCUUUAUGAGUGCAAUCCCAUGGCAUUCAUUAUUGAGCAGGCAGGAGGGAUGGCUACCACAGGAACGGAAGCAGUGCUGGACGUGAAACCUGAGUCGAUUCACCAAAGAGUCCCUCUGAUCCUCGGUUCUCCAGAGGAUGUUCAAGAAUACCUUGCCUGUGUACAGAAACAUCAGAAGAGUAGCUAGUAGUCGUUAGAUGGUUCUCAUCCUGCUGGUCCAAGGUACACAUGAGAAAAGGUUAAAAUACAGAAGUGAGAAAAGUUUCAUCCAGUUGUCAGUAAUAGGAAUUGUCGCUUCUUGGGGUUUUUUUUAAAGUUUUUUUCCUGCUAAGAUAAAAUACAAGAAUGAAAACAAAAUCUGCUUAGUAACAAUUUCCCCAGGUGAAAUAUUUUAGUAGCAGGGGACAAUCCUGCAUCUUGCAUCAAUUCUGUUCAUUUUCUGCUGCAUGUGUUUCUUUCCCAUUAAACCACAUUAUACUACCAGUCUUGUGACCAGUGAGGUCAUAUGCUUAUCUUCCUGAUUAUACUUGUCCUGGCUAUUUGAUGAAAACAAGAAUGCGGUUGUCUUCUA